GACUGUUCGCGCUGUUGCGUAGUAGCCUAGGUAAGGUCGUUGAGUAAGCAACGUGAGAUUGUGGAGCAGUUCGGUAGAAGAAACAACAUGAUGUUCAACGACACCGGCUCACGUCUAUACGUGUGGUGCAUGGCUACGAUUGUAACUGACGAUGCUAGAACUAAAUACAUCAUUAGUGACAAUGGAUUGUGAUCUUAGUAGUUGUUCUUGUUCGAUAAAGUCGUCGUCGUCGUCGUCGUCGUCGUCGCCGUCGUCGCCGUCGCCGUCGUCGUCGUCGUCGUCGUCGUCGUCGUCGUCGUCGCCGCUGCCGUCGUCGCCACCGCUGCUGUCGCCGUCAUCGUCAUCGUCGUCCUCGUCGUCACCGUCACCGUCGCCGUCGCCGUCGCCGUCGCUGUCGUCGUCCUCGUCGCUGCCGACGUCCUCGUCGUCGCUGUCGCCGACGUUGCCAUUAUCAUCUGGCACACGUUGUUAUUUGGCUUGGUAUUCGAUUGCACUGGUAUCUCAGUACGGUAUACCGUGGAAUGGCAGCGGCCCUAAAGAAAAAUCAUUCACGCAGAAGAUUGGCCGCCCUAACAUUCUUAUCUAACAUCUCCCUCGACGGCAGUCACCGUGACACUAAAUUCGCCGUCUUGUCACGAAAUGGACCCACACAUGCACGUAUACUUAGCGAUGGUCAGUCAGAUCAACAGACAGUGCUCGAUACGUGUCAGAGCACUGACUUUGAAGUCUCCAUGGAAGAGGUUCUAGACGAUUGUCCUGAGGAGACUUAUGACUUCCCACAGAAUGAAGUGACAGAGCAGACCAAUUCUCCACAACUGAUGCAAAAGAGUACUGAUCAUAACUCCAUUAGUUCUGAUUCGGAUGGUGUACUUACUCCUGCUAAAGCAGCAGUUGCCAUGUUCUUGGAGCAAGAAAGGAAUCAUCUGCAAUUCUCUUUCAACAUGCAUGGCUCAUUUAGAGAACGAACGGGAACUACCGGAAGCGACUAUUCUUUACCAGAAAGGCGUGUAGGUUCUCUACAAUAUAAAAAGCGUAUAAGUCAUCAAACCUCUACGCUAUCGGAAGAUAUUAAGCAUCAGUAUAACAGCAGCAGCGAAAGCAUCGGCUCCGUACAUUCAAAGGCACAAUCGUUAAAACCAAAGACAAAGGCAGUGAACAAUGUGCAAACUAUUUCUACCAAUAGUAGUAUAAUACCAGAAGUUACAAAGGAAUUGCGUUUGAUACAGCGACCCGUAAAUGGCUAUAAAUUCGGGGAUGAUAGAAUGGUUUUGGUAUCAAACCAACAUGUGCCAUUUGUAGUAUUUUCUGCUAUAUCAUACAAUAAAGGACAACGUACCAGUUGGUCGGAAUUACGUAAAGAUACAAGUCGAAGAAAAAACGUUUCGUCUCAAAGACCAUUAUCCUCGAUUAAUGACAAUGUUGAUCCAUUUGGAUUAUUGGGUAUAGAAUACGCGAAAGAUGGUCAGGAAAUAUCUUAUGGGCAACUACUUGUACCAUCUAGACAGUUCCAAAGGGAUAAAAAAUUGAACCCAAAUGAGAGUGAAACUAUGGAACUUAUGCACUUCAUACCUAAUAAACAUCAUGUAGUGCAAAGGACAAAAACAAUUACUUGGAAUGUGGAUCACAAAAAAUGGUGUCUUUCGUACGAUACAGCUACAAAUCGUACGCACUAUAUAACUUCUGAGUCUCCACCAUUGUCUUUCAGUGCUGAUUCCAAAGUUUAUGAAUGGGAUGAACAAUCUGCCCAAUACAAUCCAAAUUUAUUGGACGAUCCAGAACUUAUCGCUGGGAAACAUAGAACAUUAUUGACGUUUACGUCAUACAUGGCGUCUGUUAUUGAUUAUGUAAGACCUUCUGAUCUGAAGAAAGAAUUGAAUGACAAAUUCAAAGAAAAAUUUCCACAUAUUCAACUCACUCUUAGCAAACUUCGAAGCUUAAAACGAGAAAUGAGAAAAAUCGCUAGAUUAGAAUAUGGCAUAGAUUUACUCACUGUUGCAAUGGCCUAUGUAUACUUUGAAAAGCUCAUUCUCCGAAACAUUGUAACGAAGCAAACACGGAAAUUAUGCGCUGGUGCUUGUUUACUUCUCGCAGCAAAAUUUAAUGACGCUAGGCGUGAUAUUCUUAAAUCACUUAUUGAGAGAAUUGAGGGCGUAUUCCGUUUAAAUCGUAAGGAUUUAUUUACAUCUGAAUUUGCUGUACUGGUAGCUCUAGAAUUUGGUCUGCACUUACCAACUUGGGAGAUAUUUCCUCAUUAUCAACGAUUGAUUUAUGAAUCCUGACAUCCUUUUAUAUCAAUCUCCACAUGCAGUUUCAAAACUUCUUUACGAGGCAACUUUGAAGUAGCAAUGCAUAUCCGCAAUGAAUAAUCUUGAUAUUUGGAAGCCAUAUCGACAAGCUUCAAAGAAUUACACUGUACAUAUAAGGUAUUCCUUUAUUCCGCUAUCUUGAUUUAUUUCAGCCAUAAUUACCAGUGGUUUAACAUAAAAAGGACUAAGAUGUGUAAUUAUAAUUAAAAGUCAUAGAGUUGCGAGGUUAUAUUUUAUUGUAUGUUUUUUCAAGUUACCAAUAUAGUAGUUGAUGUAUGCUUUAAA